UUGUACAGUGCAGGAAGUGAAGUGCGAGAUUUCCGUUUCCCAAAGGACACCUGAAGGCACUCCGACCUCGAUUAGGAAAGUUCACAUCCUAGCAGCUGCACGCUGAGAGUCUGGGUGAAAAGCGACCGAUUUAAAACAGAAUUCCCUCUGAGCUCCGUUGAACCCCCAUCAUGGUGUCCACGUCCGUUACCACUGUGGGUGGAGUCGUGAUCGUAACACAGGUCAUCCCCAAAGACGACCUCUCCAUUCCUCUCGACACUCCUGCCAGCCCAAAGGUCCAGGCCCCGCGGCCCGUCGUAAAGACCCCGCCGGGCCCCUCCAAGGAGGACGCCAAGGAGAGCGUCUUCCUGCGGGGGGAACCGCUGGGCCUCGGGGUGGUUCAGAUCUUCAUCGGCACGCUGUGUGCUCUCGUCAGUCUGUUGGUUUUAUUCUCCGGGGCUCUGGUGAUCUUCGCUCCGUUUGCCCUCUGCGUUUUGUUCGUGCUGUCCGGCUCUCUGGCUCUGGCGGCAGGAAGACGCACUUCAGUCGCACUGGUCUGGGCGUCUCUGGUGUCCAACGGGUUCAGCGUCCUGCUCGGCCUGGCCGGGGUGAGCUACACCUGCUUCCUGCUGGCCACCGGACCCCCCUCACGGGUCAUCUGCGACUUCCAGACCUCCAACGUCGACUUUCAAACCUGGAACAUCACCAGCAGAACGGUGGACAAGUGGGAUCAGAGAUGCUUGGGCGAACUGUGGCGACUGGACGAGCUUCUUUACGGACUCCAGGGCGUCAUCCUGGUCCUGCUCGUCCUGCAGGUUUGCGUCUCCGUCGCCGUGUGUGUUCUCUCUGGAAAAGUCAUCCGAAGCGCCAGGCGUUACUCCCCUGUGGUGCAGGACGACAGCGAUAACGGCAGCGAGACCAACCUGCGAACAUAAACCGCCGGAGGAGGAAACUGUCUACGUCGUUUCAGAUAACGGCAUCAAACUGAAGCGGAACCACUCCUCUAACAUUACCUGCCUUCAUCUUUUGUAAUUUCUUUCUUUUUUUUUGUACGUUCACUAUUUUGCUGGCUCAGUUUUACACCAGAAACAUGAUCCACGUUUCUCUUUGAGUUGGGAAGUAAAGCCGCUUUGGCUCUGAUUUAAGGAUUUGUUCUAAUAAAACAUCCAGGUAAGUUAAUUUGGAGCCGUCUCCAUCCUGUCCUGCUAUAAAAACAAAUAAACGAAUGGUUCCAGGAACUCUAGCGCUCCAACCCACAUCAGGAAUUGUCCCACAUGUUCUGUUGAGUCGAGGAAAAGCAGUGAAUGCUAUAAAAACCACGUCUUCAAA